UCAUUAACAGGGUUUGCCAGCCGCGUUCUGCUCCAAAAAUCUUAUUUGAAGGCAAGCCAGCUCAGCAACCACAAUUCCAUUAUCCUGUUUUCAUUUCAUCAGACUUAUUUUAUUUUUUGUGGAUAGGAGAAUAGAGAAGACUUUGGCAUGAAAUUCUGAGGAUGGGUUUAAUCCUGCCCUGCAUGGAUAACAGACAAAUUAACCCAGCUUCUACGGUACAGGUGUCAGCCUCUGCUUUUCUGCCCCUGCAGCUGUGUGGGCAACCAGCGCCCGUCCCUCGCUGGGGGCUGUCAGCAAAGGGGCAGGGCUGUCAUUAGAGAGAAAGAGAGAAGAAAGAGCUGGCAAGCCCAGAAGUCUGCCUGCCGGGUGCUGACGGUUGCCCGUGUCUAAUGAAUGCCUCCUUCCCUCGUUAAAGUCCCAGUGGGUAAAAUGCCACCAACUGACUUUGUUUCCAGGAAGGUUUAUGGCUGAGUGGCAAAUUCAGAACGCCAUGGCGAGGCAGUCUGGCAUGCUGAUCGCAUUGCUUUUCCUCUCCUUCUUCUUAAAAGGCAUGUUUUGUUCCGACAACGAGCACCGGCUGUAUAACGAAUUGUUUGCCAAUUAUAACAAAAUCAUCAGGCCUGUUGAAAAUGUAUCUGAUCCCGUCAUGGUGUGGUUCGAAGUGUCUUUGUCACAGCUAGUCAAAGUGGACGAAGUGAACCAGAUUAUGGAGACUAAUUUAUGGCUGAAGCAUAUUUGGAAUGAUUACAAACUCAAAUGGGAUCCAGAGAAGUAUGGUGGUGUGCAGUAUGUCCGAGUGCCGUCAAAUAAGAUCUGGAAGCCGGAUAUCGUGUUAUAUAACAAUGCAAUUGGAGACUUCCAGGUGGACGACAAAACGAAAGCCUUGCUCAAUUACACUGGAAAUGUCACAUGGAUGCCUCCGGCCAUAUUUAAGAGCGCAUGUAAAAUAGAUGUGACCUACUUUCCCUUCGACUACCAGAACUGCACCAUGAAGUUUGGCUCUUGGACCUACGACAAAGCUCAGAUUGACUUAGUCCUCGUUGGUUCCACCAUGAACCUCAAAGAUUACUGGGAAAAUGGGGAGUGGGCCAUUAUCAAAGCCCCCGGCUAUAAGCAUAACAUCAAGUACAACUGCUGCGACGCCUUCUACACAGACAUCACCUACUCUUUGUACAUGAGACGUCUGCCCUUGUUUUAUACCGUCAACAUGAUCAUUCCAUGCCUUCUGAUUUCCUUCUUGACCGUGUUGGUGUUCUAUCUUCCAUCAGACUGUGGUGAGAAAAUAACUCUGUGCAUAUCGGUCCUCUUGUCCUUGACGGUUUUCCUCCUGGUCAUAACGGAGACCAUUCCGUCCACGUCACUGGUGAUCCCGUUGAUUGGAGAGUAUCUCCUGUUCACCAUGUUGUUUGUCACUCUCUCCAUCGUCAUCACCAUCUUUGUACUUAACGUCCACUACAGAACUUCCAGGACGCACACCAUGCCCGAGUGGGUGAAGAUGGUUUUCCUCAACUUUCUCCCCCGCAUCAUGUUCAUGACGCGACCCCCCAGCAAUGAAGACGAGGGCAGACCUGAGAAAGUGAAGCCUUCUUCCAGUGCAGAGCUGUCGCCUUUGAACUUCAUCCGUAUACCUGACAGCACGUGCUGUCAAGACUGCUUCUCAUGCCGAGGGUUUACACAUGCGUGUUGCCUACAUGAGCAUAAAACAUACUUGAAGGGGACCGGCAACCUGACGCAGAGCUCCAGUUCUGAAUCCAUGGAUGCUUUGUUUUCAUCUUCAUUUAUAUCACCAGAAAUGAGAGAUGUGAUGGACAGCAUCAAAUACAUUGCUGAAACUAUGAAACUGCAGAAUAAAGCCAAGGAGACUCAAGAUGACUGGAAAUACGUUGCCAUGGUAAUUGAUCGUAUUUUCCUGUGGGUAUUUAUUCUCGUGUGUAUUUUGGGGACAGCAGGAUUGUUCCUGCAACCACUGCUGAUCAGAGAUGAAGUUUAAACAAGGUGACACAGCAAAAAAGGACUUUUUUUCCCUUCUUUGGUGUCCAAACACAUUACACUGAUGUUGAACUACUUAUUUCUGCUUCUUUGAGUUCCAAAAUAAAGAUACAGAAGAACAUAUAGAAGUGAAAACAACUGAUUUGUAUUAUUCUGAGCUAUUGUAUAAGACUAAAGGAUUUUCAUGUCUAGGUUUUUCCUCUUUUGAGAGUAAGAGAAUUUUUAUGGUUCUCAGAUUAAGCCUUAAAAUAGUACUAAUUUAUUCUGCAUAAGUUUGGACAAGGAGAGUCAGGACCAUCUCUUUAAUACAAAAAUGCAGAUCCCUGCAAUUUUAACAAGCCAUAUAUUAAAAUCAGAUAACAAUUAUCUUGCAAGGACUAGGGAAUGACAGCAACAGUACCAAUAUAUAAGGGAGGAAACCGAGCAGAUCCAGCUAACUAUAGACCUAACAGUUUCUUGAGUGCCUAAGCUGGAAAUAUUUAGCAUCACUGGAAUCAGAGGCAUAACUGGACUAAUACAAACCAAAUUCCAAGGAUGGUCACCACAGAUCAUCUUUGUUAUACAAAAGCAUUUGCACCAAUUAUAAACCAACUUGCAAACCAACUUGCCACAGCUAGGCCAAGAGGAACAACAAAAGGAACUUAUGCACAUUCCAAGAAGCUGAACUCGAAAAGGCCAUUUCUUAAAAAUUAAGAGUUAACUGGAACCAACCGUACAAAUUCCCAGCUCAUCCAGAUUCAUAAUAAUUUUUUUUUUAAAAAGUAGAUAGAGCAGAAGAAAGGCUGUCUUUGUGUGGAAGAGAAGUAGAAAAAAACAAAGGAAGCAUAUGUGCAUCCAUGGGGUCCUGGGUGCUUUCUGAGCUUGGACGUUUUCUUGCAGAUGUUUCAUUACCAAACUAGGUAACAUCAUCCAUGGUAAAAGGGAGUGAAGUUUGCUCUCAUCUUAGUUGGGUAGUUAACUCAGACAAAAGUAAAUCGCCUAAUCAAGGAACCACCAAGACUGCUCCCACCAGCACUGACAGGGCAAGCCACUAGUAUAUAAAAUAUAUUGGAUUACUAUAUGUCAGCCCUGACCCCGUAUUUCAACCCUGAACUACAAAUAUUCUCUUUUAUCGAUAUCUACAUCCAUUUUACAUUACCAAGUCAAACUGAGGGUUUGGUCAAGGGCUUCAAAGAAAUCUUUGAGAAGCAAA